UUUCCCAGUAUUUCCCACCCAAUCACUAUUCGGGGCUUUGGCUGUAGAAUUGUUGAUGAUAGUAGAAUAUUUUAUAGAUUUUUUCGUUAUAUUUUGCUACUUUAGUUGAAGUGUAAAAUCAAGCAGAGUAUAAGGAGUGCAGAGAUAAGAUGAAUAAUGCUUCAGCAGGACCCUCAUCCAAAUCGGAGACUUCGUUAAAACGCAAACGUGGCGUUUUUCAGAAAGAUUUGCAGCAUAUGAUGUAUGGAUUUGGAGACGAUUCUAAUCCAUUGCCUGAGACUGUUGCUCUCAUGGAGGACAUUGUUGUGGAAUAUGUGACAGAUAUGGUUCAUAAAGCUCAAGAUGUUGCAUCAAAGAGAGGAAAACUUUUGACUGAGGAUUUCUUGUUUUUGAUCCGGAAGGACUUGCCAAAGCUAAACCGGUGUACAGAAUUGCUGUCGAUGAAUGAAGAAUUAAAACAAGCAAGAAAAGCUUUUGACGUGGAUGAGGAAAAGCUGGCACAAGGAGAUUGAUCAAAUAGUCUAGAAAGUAAACCUUGUGCAGUUGUUAUAUCUGCGAGGUGAUAAACCAUAACAUUUCAUGUAGUUAUCCUAGCAAUUGGAGUAUUUUAGUAACAAAGAAUGUAGGUUUUGAUGGUUAUGUUUUCUUCUUUCUUCCUUGUAGUUUUAGUGUUGCGUAAAAUAUAAACAUGAUUAUGAUGUCAGUUAUCUGGGUCAUGUUACUGUCAAUGCGAGUACCUUCCAAUUUUUUCCC